ACAGAUUUACAACACGACGUUUCCAGUUCACUGUUAACUAAUAUGGAGGUUGUACUAAUAGUGCUAACUAUAAUUUUGUUCAUUGUUUACUAUGUGCUCAAGACAAAAAAUAAUUAUUGGAAGAAAAGAAAAAUACCUUAUGCAAAACCCGUACCUAUUCUAGGUAAUUAUGGUGAAUACUUAAUCAUGAGAACAUCUAUGCCAGAAGUAGCACAGUCGUUAUGUAAGAAAUUCCCUAACGCGCCAUACUUUGGCGUUUUUUAUGGCACUGAGCCGACACUCAUGGUUCAGGACCCGGAGGUGAUCAAACAAGUUAUAACAAAAGACUACUAUUACUGCAGCAGCAGAGAGAUCUCUGAUUACACUCACAAGGAAGUUUUCACUCAAAAUUUGUUUUUCACUUAUGGAGACAGGUGGAAAGUAUUGCGCCAAAACUUAACGCCACUGUUUUCGUCAUCAAAAAUGAAGAACAUGUUCUAUUUGAUAGAAAAAUGCUCUCACUCCAUGCAAGAUAUGCUUGAUAAUGAGUUUGGUAAGAGCCCCGUUGUAAAAAUCAGGGAUCUCUUUGCAAGAUUCACAAUGGACGGUAUAGGUACCUGUGCUUUUGGUAUAAAUACGAGAACAAUGGAGAAGGACUCCUAUGACAAUCCCUUCGCGUUUAUAGGGGCGUCCAUGUUCUUAGAUACUUAUUAUAGAGGAUUCAAAAUUUUCGCUCGGGCCAUCUGGCCCAUGAUCUUUUAUGGAAUCGGAAUGAAGACUUUUCCCACGGAAGCAAAUAGAUUCUUUCACAAAGUGAUGACAGAAGUGUUUGCUGAACGGCAGUACAAACCAUCGGCGAGGAAUGACUUUGUCGAUCUAGUGCUGGCUCUUAAUGAAAAGCAAUACAUUACGGGUGAUAGAUUAACAAAUAUGAAAGGUGACGAUAAAAAGGUAACUUUGAAGGUAGACGACGAAUUUCUAGUAGCUCAGUGCUUGAUGUUCUUUGCGGCUGGUUUCGAAACAUCAUCUACCGUAUUGCGGUAUACUUUAUAUGAACUAGCAAAGCAUCCAGCCGCUCAAGAAAGAGCUAUAAAAGAGAUAGAUGAAUACCUGAGACGACACCAAAACAAAUUGAAAUAUGAGUGCGUGACAGAAUUACCGUAUCUGGAGGCUUGUAUAAACGAGGCUAUGCGUCUGUACCCAGUCCUUGGAGUUCUUACACGAGAGGUGGUAGACAAAUAUACUCUUCCAUGUGGCGCGGUGCUGGACAAAGGAGUUCGCAUACAUAUCCCGGUGUACCAUCUACAUCACCAUCCUGAACAUUUCCCGGAACCAGAGGAGUACCGUCCUGAAAGAUUCUAUGGUAAUGAGAAGCAAGAUAUCAAACCGUACACUUAUCUGCCGUUUGGAGAAGGGCCUCGUAUUUGUAUAGGUAUGCGUUUCGCGAAGAUGCAAAUGAUGGCAGGAGUUAUAACGUUACUAAAGAAAUACCGCGUGGAGUUAGCGGAAGGUACUCCUCGGAAGUUGCAGUUCGGAGCGAGAACGAUUGUCACCCAGCCCGCGGAGGAGAUCAAGCUGAGACUUGUCAAGCGGGAGGGUUGGGAACAGCGGACAUUGGCUUAAAACAUUGACUAUGUUACCAUAAAAAAUUUGCACUUGCAUCAGGCCUUUGUUUCAUGUCUUACAGAGAAGAGGUCAGAUUAUUUAUCUAAGAUGGCCGACAUCUAUUUAGUAUAUGUAUAAAUAAAAGGAUAUUUGUCUUUUG